UCACACUCAAGAUCGAAUGAAAAAUUGGGUGCACAUCCCAUGGGAGUGCUGGAAAAGUCUGAAUAUAACUACUUGUCACGAUCUUUGUAUGUGACCGAAUUAAAUCUCUGCAGCUCUACAGUUCAGUCAAAUCUUUCUCGCGGAGCAAACCCGCGUCGCAACAAAUGUUAUCAUGCAAUACACAGAACAAUUUCCAAGAAAAAUGAGUGAUGAAUCUAUCAAGCCGCACCAGAAAGCGUCACCUCCCAGGCUCCUUCAAGUUAAAGAUCCGAUCUUUGAUCACCCUCAGAGCCGCUCCUCUCUCUUCCUUAGCAGCCGAAGACCCACGUACAGAUUCGAACGAUGAACACAAUUCAGCGAGUUUUGGCUAUUCCCAUGUCCCCAGAACCCCCCAGUUGGUAUCCUCCGGUGACGUGAGUGAUCGGCGUGAAUUCGAUGAGGUAGUCGAGUCGAAUAAGCAGAUCGCUCGGUGCCUUCGAGCCAAUGACUUGGAUUCUGCUCUCAGAGUGUUCGACGGCAUGAGGGUCAAGACGCUUGUCACUUGGAAUUCGAUUCUUGCCGGGUAUGCCAAGAGACCGGAGAAAUUUCAGGAAGCCCGCAGGAUGUUUGAUAAAAUUCCUGAACGAGAUGCUGUUUCGUAUAACAUCAUGUUGGCUUGUUAUUUGAGGACUUUUGGCCUGAACACGGCUCGGGCCUACUUCGAUAAAAUGCCCGUGAAGGAUGUCGCCUCUUGGAACACGUUGAUAUCGGGGUAUGUUCGGAAGGGGGAGAUGGGUCGGGCGUGUGAGUUGUUUUCUGCAAUGCCUGAGAAGAACAGUGUCUCAUGGAGUGCGAUGAUAUCUGGGUAUGUGGAGUGUGGUGACCUGGAGUCAGCAGUGAGAUUCUUUGAGGCUGCACCAAUUAAGAGUGUAGUGGCUUGGACAGCGAUGAUUAAUGGAUAUAUGAAAUCUGGAAAGGUCGAAGCUGCGGAAAAGCUAUUUCAAGAGAUGCCUGGCAGGAAUUUGGUGACAUGGAAUGCAGUUAUUGCAGGUUAUGUUGAGAAUAGUCGUGCUGAGGAGGGUAUGAAGCUAUUUAAGAACAUGAUGGGAUAUGGAAUAAGACCCAAUCCUUCUACUUUGAGUAGUGUUCUACUGGGCUGUAGCAAUUUGUCUGCCUUGCAGUUGGGCAAGCAAGUUCAUCAAUUUACCAUUAAAAGCCCAUUAAGUAGCGACACAACCGUGGGCACUUCAUUGAUCAGCAUGUAUUGGAAGUGUGGAGAUUUGAGGGAUGCUAGGAAGUUGUUUCUUGAGAUGCCUCAUAGGGACAUUGUCUCUUGGAAUGCGAUGAUAUCAGGGUAUGCUCAGCAUGGUUUAGGACAAGUAGCUCUUACUUUCUUUGAUGAGAUGAGAAAUGAGGGAAUUAAACCAGAUUGGAUCACUUUUGUUGCUGUAUUAGUGGCUUGCAACCAUGCCGGGCUGGUUGAUCAAGGAGUAAAGUUUUUUAAUUCUAUAAUAAAAGAUUAUAGAGUUGAAGUGAAACCGGAUCACUACUCCUGCAUGGUGGACCUCCUGUGUAGAGCUGGAAAAUUAGAUGAAGCUAUAGAUUUGAUAAAGAGAAUGCCUUUUAGACCCCAUUCAGCUAUAUUUGGAACACUUUUGGGUGCGUGCAGGAUCCACAAGAACUUGGAGUUGGCUGAAUUCGCUGCCAAGAGUUUGCUCAAUCUUGAUCCUACAAACGUGACUGGUUAUGUUCAAUUGGCCAAUGUUUAUGCAGCAAUGAACAGAUGGGAAGGAGUCAGUGAGAUUAGGAAAUCGAUGAAACAAAAUAAGGUGGUCAAAACACCAGGCUAUAGUUGGAUUGAGGUAAAAAGUGUUGUUCAUGAGUUCAGAUCAGGAGACCAGAUUCACCGUGAACUACCUUUAAUACACUCAAAACUGGAUGCCUUGGUGAAGAAAAUGAGACUAGCAGGAUAUGUGCCAGAUCUUGAAUGUGCAUUGCAUGAUGUGGAAAAAGAGCAGAAAGAGCAGCUUCUCCUUGGACACAGUGAAAAGUUGGCUAUUGCUUUUGGGCUCAUAAAGCUUCCACCAGGAAUACCGAUCCGGGUUUUCAAGAACUUGAGGAUUUGUGGGGAUUGCCACAGUGCUGCAAAAUACGUAUCGGCAAUUGAAUGUAGAGAGAUUAUUGUCAGAGAUACCUCGAGAUUUCAUCACUUCAAGGAUGGAAUUUGCUCCUGUGGAGACUAUUGGUAGGGACGUAUGCAGAUUAUCUGCUAAUGGUCAUCCAACCGGCAUAGAUGUCUUUUGUCAGUAGUGAUGAUUAUGAGAUAGUGCAUCUUCUGAGGACUCACUCUUGCUAUGAUGGUCGCGAGUUUUCAAAUUCUAACAUUUUAAAACUGUAUCUCCCUUAUCACACCUUCCAGUUGGAACUUUUCUAGAGAAAUCACAUUGGUAUGAGGAGAAGAUUGAAUUUACCAAGUAUGGUGCAGCUUGAGAGCUAGGGGCAUGAAAUGGCAUAUUCUUCAGGAGGAUCGAUCUGAGGACUAACUAUUGCUUUUGGGGGGGGGUAUGUGAAGGUUUGCACAUGUCCGACCAAAAAAAAAAGUUUUGCACAUGGGAGAUGCCGCUAGGAAGCGAAGGUGAAUGUUUGCACAUGGAAGGUGCUGCAAGGAACCGAAGGCAAUUGAUUCAAGGUUCCUAGAAGCCACUAUUUAUUCUUCAGGUUUGAGACCAUCGUGUUUUCGCCUGCUGGACAUAGGAGUCUGAGUUCAUGUUUAGUGCUCGGCCUGUUUUAACUUCUAGAUCAAUGAGUUUAAUGCAUCUUUUCUGGGGUAUGCACCUGAUCCAUAAAGUUACAGUGCAUAGUUGAGAUGAAAGGCGAGAUCAUUGGAUGGUUACCUAGACAGUUACCUAGACAUCAGUUUCAUGUGCUCGAGGGGUCAAAAGAUGACGCAAUGGAGUGGCCACGGCUUGCAUCCUGAUCAAGAGAUUCACCGUGCCUCCGUGCUUAUAGCUCUGGUUUAGAGAGAAUCAUGGAUCACUCAACCCCUAUUUCAAUAAUUGUUCCUUGUUCACCGUCGCAACAAUGCUGAUCGUGCAAAUUUUUAAUUCCAAUUCAAAAAUUUCAAUGAGCGUUGCUCAUGUUAUUUGCA